AUGGGAUUCGCUCAAGAUUUACGAGAGCUGCUGACAUGCAUGUCGCUUGUGGCUAUUGUGGGGUACCUCACGGAUCUAAAGCUUUACGCCGGUGUCUGCUUGGGCAUCCAGUGGCUCUCUGCAAUUUAUGGUAUUCCAAACAAAACGGAGCGGUACUUUGAUCUCACGGGCUCUACCACCUACGCCACAGUCUCGAUGCUCGCUUAUAUGAACUCGAAGUCAGAAUCUUGGCGUGCUACUCUGCUCACAAUAUUCGUGUGGCUCUGGUGUGUGCGACUUGGUUUGUUUCUUUACUGGCGCAUUUGCAAAGACGGCAGUGACAGGCGCUUUGCCGAAAUUAUUGUGAACCCGUUGUGCUUUCUGGCUGCUUGGAAUAUCCAAGGUCUUUGGGUUUUCUUUACGUUAUUGUCCGUGCUGCUAAGUGUCGUACAUGGCGUGAGAGACUCGGAAGUCAGAGUUUUAGACAUUAUUGGCACCACACUGUGGAUUAUUGGCUACGUUAUUGAGGUGACAGCUGACUACCAGAAGACUCGCUUCCGUCUUGACAAACGUAAUAGCGACAAGUUUAUCAGCAGUGGACUGUGGAGCUACAGCCGACACCCAAAUUAUUUUGGUGAAAUUAUGAUGUGGAUUGGUGUAUUCUUAGUGGCCGUUCACACGCUACCGACCUUCGCGUUGCAGUGUGUUGCAGCCAUUAGCCCUACCUUCAUGACGUUGCUCAUAAUAUUCCGAUCAGGAAUUCCACUACUGGAAGAAGAUGCCGACCAGCGCUGGGGACAUCUAAAAGCUUAUCGACUGUACAAGGCACAGACGAGUGUACUGGUACCUAUGCCCAAACGCCAGCUAUCUGAAACGGAGCAAGCCAAGUAUGCGUAA